AUGGGAAAUGGCAGGAAACGGAGGUUAAAUCUGAGUAAGAUCUACUCAUUCCGAUGUGGGAGAAAAGGGUUUGUUGAAGACGACCACUCACAGAUUGGCGGACCGGGUUUUUCACGAGUGGUUUAUUGCAACGAGCCAGAUGGUGCGGAUGCCGGUUUAAGACAAUAUGGUUCGAACUAUGUGAGGACAACCAAGUACACGGCCACAACUUUCUUGCCCAAGUCCCUGUUCGAGCAGUUCAGGAGAGUGGCUAAUUUCUACUUCUUGGUCACUGGGAUUCUGUCUUUCACAUCUCUUGCUCCUUAUUCUGCUGUUAGUUCAAUCCUUCCGUUGAUUAUAGUUAUCGGGGCAACUAUGAUCAAGGAAGGCAUUGAAGACUGGCACAGAAAACAACAGGAUAUUGAGAUAAACAGCCGUAAGGUGAAGGUCCACCAAGGCAAUGGAGUGUUCAAGCAAACCGAGUGGAAGAACCUAAAAGUGGGUGACAUUGUGAAAGUCGAGAAGGAUGAGUUCUUCCCGGCCGAUCUCCUCCUCCUAUCUUCCAGUUACGAGGAUGCAGUUUGCUAUGUAGAGACUAUGAACCUCGACGGCGAAACUAACUUGAAGCUCAAACAAGCCCUCGAGGCAACCUCGGCCCUGAACGACGAGCGCGAUCUCUCCCAUUUUCAUGCGCUCGUCAAAUGUGAGGACCCAAAUGCCAAUCUCUAUUCCUUUGUCGGGACCAUGGAGCUUGAAGGCCAGCAACACCCUCUCUCUCCUCAACAGCUACUAUUAAGGGACUCCAAAUUGCGUAACACGGACUACAUUUACGGGGCCGUCAUCUUCACCGGCCACGACACCAAGGUGAUCCAGAACUCGACCGACCCGCCUUCCAAAAGGAGCCGAAUCGAGAAGAAAACGGAUAGAAUAAUUUAUUUUUUAUUCGGCGUGCUUUUCUUGGUGGCGUUUAUCGGGUCGGUUUAUUUCGGCGUUGUAACCGAGGAAGAUGGCGAUGAUGGGGGGCACAGGAGAUGGUAUUUGCAGCCGGAAGAUGACGACGUUUUUUUCGAUCCAGACCAAGCACCGGCGGCCGCCACACUCCACUUCUUGACGGCUUUACUUCUCUACGGCAACCUCAUCCCGAUUUCCCUAUACGUGUCGAUUGAGAUCGUGAAGGUCCUCCAGAGCAUGUUUAUUAACCGGGACGUGAACAUGUAUCAUGAGGAAACGGACAGGCCAGCCCACGCGCGCACGUCAAACCUGAAUGAGGAGCUGGGCCAGGUGGACACGAUCCUCUCGGACAAGACAGGCACGUUGACUUGCAACUCCAUGGAAUUCAUCAAGUGCUCGAUUGCCGGGACUGCGUACGGCCACGGGAUCACAGAGGUCGAGCGGUCCUUGGCCAAGAAGAACGGCUCACCAUUGAUCCUCAAGGGGAAGGAUGCAGUUGAGAAUCCUCCUGACGAUGGUUUGAAAAAGCCGGCUAUCAAGGGUUACAACUUUGAUGACGAGAGAAUUGUGGAUGGUAAUUGGGUGAAGGAGGCACAUGCGGACGUGAUUCAGGGGUUUUUUCGUCUUUUGGCAGUGUGCCACACAGCUAUACCGGAUGUGGAUGAGACCACGGGGAAGGUUAGCUACGAAGCCGAGUCGCCGGAUGAGGCGGCAUUCGUGAUUGCUGCUCGGGAGCUCGGGUUCGAGUUCUUUAGAAGGACUCAGACGAGCGUGUCCAUUAACGAGUUGGACCCUGUCUCAGGAAACAGAGUCGAAAGAUCAUACAAGCUGUUAAAUGUCCUAGAAUUCAACAGUUCGAGAAAAAGAAUGUCAGUUAUAGUAAGAGAUGAGGAAGGGAGGCUUCUGUUGCUUUGCAAAGGGGCCGACAGUGUCAUGUUUGAGAGACUAGCCAAAAACGGAAGACAAUUUGAACAAGAAACCAGAGAACAUGUAAACGAGUAUGCUGAUGCAGGCUUGAGGACCCUAAUACUCGCUUAUCGGGAACUUAGCGAAGAUGAAUAUGAAGUGUUUGAUAAAAAGUUUUCGGAGGCCAAAAAUUCAGUUAGUGCCGAUCGUGAGGCAUUUAUCGAUGAGGUGACUGAAGAAAUAGAGAAAGAUUUGAUUCUGUUAGGUGCAACAGCUGUUGAAGACAAGCUCCAACAAGGGGUUCCUGAGUGCAUUGACAAACUUGCUCAAGCUGGGAUAAAAAUAUGGGUUUUGACAGGGGAUAAAAUGGAAACUGCUAUAAACAUUGGCUAUGCUUGUAGCUUACUCAGACAAGGAAUGAAACAAAUUACUAUCUCAUUAGAUAAUCCGGAGAUCAACGCACUUGAGAAAGAUGGAGACAAGAAUGCAAUUGCCAAGGCUUCAAAGCAAAGUGUUAUAAAGCAAAUAACCGAAGGGAAGGCUCAGGUUGGCAGAUCAAGCACAGAGGCUUUUGCCGUGAUCAUUGAUGGAAAAUCCCUUACAUAUGCAUUAGAGGACGAUGUCAAAAACUUGUUUCUCGAACUAGCAAUUGGAUGUGCAUCUGUCAUAUGCUGCCGCUCAUCACCAAAACAGAAGGCAUUGGUGACGAGACUUGUCAAAGAAGGAACUAAGAAGACGACUCUAGCCAUUGGGGACGGCGCUAAUGAUGUGGGAAUGCUUCAAGAAGCAGAUAUUGGGAUCGGAAUCAGUGGCGUUGAGGGGAUGCAGGCUGUCAUGUCGAGUGACAUUGCAAUUGCUCAGUUCAGAUUCUUGGAGCGCUUGCUUCUGGUGCACGGACAUUGGUGCUACAGAAGGAUAUCAACGAUGAUUUGCUACUUUUUCUACAAGAACCUCACUUUUGGUUUCACUAUAUUCUUGUACGAAGCUUUCACAUCGUUUUCGGGACAACCAGCGUACAACGACUGGUUUUUGUCUCUAUACAACGUGUUCUUCUCAUCAUUGCCCGCGGUUGCUCUAGGGGUCUUUGACCAAGAUGUGUCCCCUAGAUUUUCCCUAAAGUUCCCUCUGCUUUACCAAGAAGGGGUGCAGAACGUGCUCUUCAGCUGGCGCCGCAUAAUCGGGUGGAUGGUCAACGGCGUGGGAAGUGCGUUCAUCAUCUUCUUCCUCACCACACGAGCCCUCGAUCCCCAGGCCUUCAACAGCGAGGGCAAGAUCGCGGACUACCAGAUCGUGGGUCCCGCCAUGUACACGUGCGUUGUCUGGGUGGUCAACUGCCAGAUGGCCCUAGCCGUGAGCUACUUCACCCUCAUCCAGCACGUUUUCAUCUGGGGCAGCAUUGCAUUGUGGUACAUCUUUCUGUUGGCCUACGGGGCCAUGAGUCCCAGCUUCUCGAGCACCGCGUACCAGGUCUUUGUCGAGAGCCUUGCCCCAGCUCCGUCUUUUUACGUUGUUACCCUGUUUGUGGUUGUUUCGGCUUUGGUGCCUUACUAUGUGUACAAUGCGGUGCAAAUGAGGUUUUUCCCGAUGUACCAUGGGAUGAUACAGUGGAUAAGGCACGAGGGGUGGUGUGAGGAUCCGGUUUACUGUAGCAUGGUGAGGCAGAGGUCAAUAAGGCCCACAACUGUCGGGUUUACAGCUCGUUCGCUAGCAAGGACAAAUCCCCUGGAAGACGGGAGCCAGAGGUACAUGGAUGGUGCCGUGAGAUCUGUAUAG